CGAUCUUUCUUUUCUCGUUCUGUGUCGUAUUGAGAUAGAAAGAGCAGCACGUGUAAUUAAAAAUGAAACUCUUAAAGCGUGUAGAAAAAAAGAAAAAAACAUUAAAUGAAGAUAUGAAUAAAAUACCUAAAACAGAUAUAAAAGUAAAAUUAAAUUCAAAAUCUGUUGAAAAUAAAAAAAAGAGAAAAUGUGAUUUAGUUGAAAAAAAGAAAGGAAAAUCUAUUAAGAGAUUAACAAAUCUGAAUAUUUCUAACGUAAUCGUGGAAGCAUCCAAAGAAAAGAGAAAGAAAAUUACGAAAGGAAAAAUAAAUGAGAAAAAGAAUCCCACAACUGUUACUAAUGAUGAAGUUAAAAAUAAUGUGCAAGUACUAAAUAUUCCUAAAAACAGUACAAAUAAUAUCCGAAUUGAUAAGGAAGAAAGUAUGAAGGUAAAAAAUAUCAUUCAAAAAACAAAUAAAAGAAGAAAGGCUCUAUCUAAUAUAGAGAUACUCAAGAAAUCAAAACAUGAUUCUGAUAUUUUUGCAAAACAGCAGCAAGCGACUAUUAUGAAAGAUAUUACUAAUGUAAAAAAUAUACGUGCAAAAAAAUCGCAGAGAAAAAUGAUAAAAACUGAAAAAAAAGAAGAUGGCGAUGAUAUUAAUCUUAAAGAUUUAUCAAAGAAGCAUAUAUUACAAUGCAUUUCAGCUAUUUUUCAUCUAACUCAAGAGCAGUUAAAGAAUAAAAAUAUAUUAUUCUCUGAAGGAUCUCAGCCAAUAUUUAUGCAGGUAACUUGUAUCAGGAUACCAAAGAUAUCAAGAAGACAAGUAAGAAUAUUAUUACCAUAUUCUAUAAUAUCAUCAGAUGAAGAUAUUGCACUUUUUGUAUGUGAUCUUGAAAGGGGUAGAAGAAAGGAUCAUGAGCCAACAAUAAAUCAUUAUAGGGAGUUACUUGAUAAAUGUGGAUGUACCAAAAUCAAAGAUAUAAUACCUAUAAAUCAAGUUAAAACAGAAUAUGAUCAAUAUGAACUGAAAAGAAAACUCGUUGCUAGCUAUGAUUAUUUCUUAGUGGAUGGAAGAAUUGCUGGACAUAUAUCACAUUUAUUGGGAAAAAUAUUUUACAAAAAACGCAAACUUCCAACUUCCAUUAAAAUGAAUAAGGAAGAUUUAAAGUGUGAAAUUGAUUAUGCAUUGAGAAAAACGACUAUGCAAUUACAUUCUUUCGCUGAUACUCAUAUAAUACAAGUAGCAAAUACCUCUAUGAAGAAGAAGCAAAUUUUAGAGAAUGUUCUUACUGUUUAUAACCGUUUAACCGAAGUCUAUCCUGGUGGUUUGUCAAAUAUUCGUGCUAUUCGAUUAAAAACUCCGACCGGACCAGGCCUUCCCAUAUACAUAACACUAAAAAAUAAAAAUACUGUACAUAUCCCUGUCAUAAAACCGAAAAGACCAAAAGCAUAUUGCAAUGUUGAAGGAGAGCUUACAACUUUAUCUGGUGAUACUAAUGUGAUAGUUACUCCUGAUGGUAAUGUUGUAGUCAAGCAGACAUUUUCAAGAGAAUCUGAAGAUAGUCAUGAAGAAGAAAGUGUAGAAGAAACUAAGUAAUGAUUUGUUUUUUAGAAUAUUAUUUAUUAAUUUUAAAAACAAAUUUUUUAAUCAUUAUAUUACUAAAUGUAAAUACAUGCGAAUAUUUGUCAAUAUUUUUUCAUAAUGUUUAAUUAUUAUAUCUCCAUUUCUUAUUGAAAUUAAACAACAAUAAACAAAA